CUGAACGUCAAGGUGGUGAAUGAGCCCAAGACAGUUGUAUUGUCAUUAUCGGAUUCAAUCUCACAACACGCCGUCCAAGAGGAGAAUAAAGAUUCGCUCCGAAUUCCCAGGAGACCUCAGUGGGAUGAAGACACGACCGCUAGUGAGUUGAAAGAGAGUGAGCGAGGGUCAUUCGUCGAAUGGAGAAGAGGCCUUGCCACCCUUCAAGGAAAAGACCAUAUACACCUAACCCCCUUCGAAAAGAAUUUGGAAGUCUGGAGGCAACUUUGGCGCGUGGUAGAACGUAGUGAUCUUAUUGUACAGAUUGUAGAUGCUCGUAAUCCCCUACUGUUCUUUUGUGAGGAUGUCGGCAAAUACGUCAAGGAGGUCGACCCCACGAAAAACUCUUUAUUAUUGAUAAACAAGGCCGAUAUGUUGACGGAAGCACAACGCCUCCAUUGGGCAGACUACUUAACUGAGCAAGGCAUUCCAUUCUGUUUCUGGUCGGCGAAUCUGGAAACCGAGAAACAAGAAGAGGCCGCAAGAGAGGCUAGAGCUAUCGCCGAAGCAGAGGAGAUGCGAAAUAGGCUCCAACCCAAUCAUUUAGAUUCCGACGGGAGCGCGGACGAGGAGUUAGAUGUUGUUGAAGAGCAGAUGCAGAGAAUCACUGUAGAUGAUAAGAGUACUGAUGCGGCCAUCAAGGUUGCUGCGGGCGAGGCGAACGAUGCAGAUCCAGACAGUGACACAGAGACAGAGGCGAAAGCUCCGAGAGGAAAUAUCAUUGACGAUCCAUUGCAAGUGUUGGAUGCGGAAGCCCUAAUUGAGCUGUUCAAGGCAGGCUGCCCGGAUAUGUAUAACACUCCUGUUGAUCGACAUGGGGAGCACCGCCUGCCAACCGUAGGUCUUGUUGGAUAUCCUAAUGUAGGUAAAUCAUCGACUAUCAAUGCCUUAUGCGGUGCUAAAAAAGUAUCUGUGAGUGCAACACCCGGUAAAACCAAGCAUUUUCAGACUCUUAUCCUCCAAGACGAUCUGCAGCUGUGUGAUUGUCCUGGGUUGGUAUUCCCGUCUUUUGUGGCUACACAAGCUGAAUUGACGUGUAAUGGUGUUCUCCCAAUUGAUCAUUUGAGAGACCCCAUUCCACCAAUGACUCUGCUAGCGAAAAGAAUACGCCGAGAGGAUUUGGAGGAGAUCUACGGCCUACAAAUAAUCAAACCAUCAGCCGACGACCCCAACUGUGACCGCUUACCUACUUCGCAUGAAGUACUACAUUCUUAUGGACGACACAGAGGAUACAUGACCGCUCAUGGUUUACCCGAUAUUCAGCGAUCUGCGAGAAUUUUACUUAAAGAUUAUGUCAAGGGAAAGUUGUUGUAUUGCCACCCGCCCCCCACUGUAGAUGAACAAACAUUCAAUACGCACUUGGGACCGAAUAUGGGAAGUGGACCCGAUGACACCGAUUAUUCAGAAGCAGACACAUCUGCACUAUAUUCGACGUCCGGUAUCACGAGAAACCAAGAUUACCACUAUGCCGACAAGACAGAGGGUGGUAAAAUUCUAGACGCUGUGCAGUCUAAAACCUCGGGAAAGUCAGCCCAUGCAUCGAAUAUGACCAAGUAUAGAACUGACGCUGUCAUCAAGCAGAAGGAGAUCGAGCGGGAUGAGCUGGGCCGUCCGAUUGGCAAGCCUUGGAGAAAACACAACAAUAAGGGGAAAAACGAGAAAACAAGGCGGAUAUACGAAGGUGUAGCCUCAGAGGGCGGUUUGAAGUAGUUUUGUAUGAAUCGUAUGAAUCAAAUGGAUUGGUCAGGCUUGAGCUGCAGACUACGUAAGGACAUAUGAACGUUUUCUAGAAUACAACAAAAGAAAGUUGCUAGAUUACGCUAAAUGAUUACAGUGAAUAAAAUAAAUAUACUACACCUG